UUAACCCACCUCCAGGGGAAGGGUUACGCAAUCUUUACCCCAGCUCCAUGCGGGUAACACCCCCUUUACACCACCUCUAGGCGGGGCCAUCCAGACAAUCGAUAGGGAGCCUUCUGAAGCUACACACGUCAAAUUGCAGUCCGUCCCGCAGAACCACCGACGGACCCUCAGGCAGCCCGCUGGUCCCAGUCCUAGUCUCACCUGUUCCCGGUCUCAGCUGGUUGGGGUCUCACCUGGACAGGAUAUGAUGAAGGAGGAGGAGAAGGAGAUAAAGGAGGAGGAGGAGGAGGAGGAGGAGGAGGAGGAGGUGAACCCCACGGAGGUGAAGAUGAGCCAGAUCGUGAUGCCAUCUCAUAGCAACCAUCGUCAGGAGCUCAGCGUCGGGCAGCUCCUAAAAUGGAUGGACUCCACCGCCUGCCUCUCAGCUGAGAAACAUGCAGGCUGUUCCUGUGUCACAGCCUCUAUAGACGAUAUCUACUUUGACCAAACAAUAAGUGUUGGCCAGGUUGUGAACAUCAAGGCUAAAGUCAACCGAGCCUUCAACACCAGCAUGGAGGUGGGUAUCGUGGUGGUUUGUGAGGACCUGUUCACUGACCGGAGGUGGAGAGUUUGUCACGCAUUCGCCACCUUCGUCACCCAGCGCUCCGCCUCUGGAAUCAAGGUGCAGCUGAGCCCCCUGCGGCCGGGGUCCCAGCAGCAGCAGGAGGAGCACAGUCUGGCGGCCGAGAGACGCAGGAUGAGGAGGGUCCACGAUGACAUCAUCAAGGACCUGCUCUCUGAUAGGACUUUCCAGCAGGGUGGAGUUGGUGGAGGUGCUGGUGCUGGUGCUGGACCAGCGGGUGGUGUUGUGGCUGCAGAGAAGACCAGGGUGGAGAGCGUUGAGCUGGUGCUUCCUCCACACGCCAACCACCAGGUGAACACGUUUGGCGGGCAGAUCAUGGCGUGGAUGGUGAACGUAGCGACGAUAGCUGCCAGCCGGCUGUGCCACGCCCACCCCAGCCUCCGCUCCAUCGACAUGUUCACCUUCAGAGGCCCCUCCCAAGUGGGCGACCGCCUGCUGCUGCGCGCAAUCGUCAACAACGCCUUCAGGACCAGCAUGGAGGUGGGGGUGCAGGCGGAGGCCUACCGAGGGGGUGGUCCUAACAGACACAUAAACUCCGCCUUCAUGACCUUCGAAGUCCCGGACGCCCAUGGGAACCCCCGCACGUUGCCACGGAUACGACCGGAACCCCUGCACGGUGAGAGGAGGUUCCAGGAGGCCAUCGCCAGGAAGAAGAUCCGCUUGGACAGGAAGUACAUCAUUUCCUGUAAGCAGGCCGAGGUUCCUCUGUCGGUGCCUUGGAACCCUAGCAACCAGGUCUAUCUCAGCUACAACAACGUGUCUGCGUUGAAGAUGUUGGCGGCUCGGAACAACUGGCAGCUGAACUCUAAGGAGGACCAGGUGUGUCUAUACACCCUGGAAGAGCAGGGGUCUCUGAGCUUCAGGGUGGAGGCGGAGCUGGACGUCUCGGCCCAGAGAGCCUUCAGGCUGCUGGGGGAUCUGAGGAACCGGACGCACUGGGACCGCCACUACCUGGAAUGUGAUCUGAUUCGCUCGGCUGAUAAGGAUGACUUCCUGUAUCGGGUGGUGGCCCCUUCUGUAGACCCCGCCCCCGGGGGCUCAGCCAAUCAGGACGCAGGAGUCCUCCAGGAGUUCAUCCUAUUGGCCUCCAGAAGGAGACCCUGUGGCCCUGGGGACCCCUACGUGGUGGCGCUGAGGUCCGUCUCCCUCCCCACCCACCCCACCCCCCCCCUCCUCCCCCUCCUCCCCUCCCCCACCCACCGCCGAGGGGAGGUGCUUUGUGCCGGCUUCACCAUCCUGGCGACCAGCGAGAGCACCUCACUGAUCAGCUACUAUAACCAGGCGUCCCCGGAGGUCCUACCCUACAUCUCCACAGACAUCGCAGGCCUGUCCUCCUCCUUCUACCGCAGCUUCUGCUGCUGCCGUCAGUACCUGACCCAGAACUGCCUGGGACCAGGAGACCAGGACCAGGACCCGGAACAGGACCAGGACCAGGACUGCUCUAGCUUGGACUACGUCACUCUGCUCUAGACCCACACGGUUCUUUGUUUUGGUCUAGACCCUGACCUCAGACCCUAACCCAUGACCCUAACCCUAGACCCUAACCCAUGAACCCUAACC